GCGAGAGUGGCCGUUUAUGCAGACCGCUGCUUUUACACACACGCAUAUAUAAAUAUAUAUAUUUAUAAAACGCGUCAGCUUUGUCCGCAGCUGUUUUCCUGACCCAACGGGACUGAGGGAGCGUGAGAGCCGAGAGGAGAAGGACUUUUAUAUCCGCAUCCACCGGAGCGACAUCGACUUCAACUUCAAGUUUCCUCGCUCCACUUUCUGGAGCUUCUUCAAGCUGCGGCUUUGAAGCUCGAAUUCCCGACGACCGCUUCGACCGGGGUCCAACCGUCGCGAGGAGGAACUGCUGGAGAAGCUGCCCGAUCCGCUCGCCACCCUCGUACCGGAAGCUGCGGGAUGGCGAGAAGAUCCCCCGUUCCCUGGUUGCUCCUCGCAACCUGCUGCCUGGCGUCUGCAGGGCCGAUGUUCCGCAGCCCGUGCGAGCUGCUGCCGGUGGGGGCGGGACACCCGGUGCAGGCCACGCUGAGGAGCUUCACCGCCCUGUCGGGCUGCGCCAGCCGGGCCACCACGGGCCUCCCCCAGGAGGUCCACAUCAUCAACCUGAGAGGACAUGCUCCAGAGGGACCAGGCAGCAAGCAGGCUGACGUUGAGCUGCAUCUGAAGCCGAUCCAGUCUCUGCUGCGCCACCAGAAGCCGCUGGUCUUAGUGCUCCACUCCCCCCAGCCACUGAUCUGGAAGAUCAAGACGGAGAACCUGGCGCCGGGCGUGAAGCGGACCUUUCAUGUAUCCGAGGGCUCGGAGGUCCACUUCCAGCCGGGAAACUUCUCCCUCUCCUGCCAGAUCCAGAAGGAGACCCUUCCCCACGGCAACGAGCACCUCCUCAACUGGGCCCAGAGGAAGUACAGGGCCGUCACCUCGUUCUCUGAGCUCAGGAUCACUCGAGACAUCUACAUCAAAGUCGGAGAAGAUCCGCUGUUUUCUGGCACCUGCAAGAUUGAUACCAAGUUCCUGUCUCUGAACUACCUGGGCGGCUACGUGGAGCCACAGGCAUCAACGGGUUGCGUCCUCUCCGGGCCCGACAAAGACCAAGAGGUCCACAUCGUUGAGCUCCAAGCCCCAAACUCCAGCAGUGCUUUCCAGGUGGACGUCAUCGUGGACCUGCGACCUCUGGAGGACGACGGGCCGCUGCAUCGCGACGUCGCCUUGCUGCUCAAGUGCACCAAGUCUGUCAACUGGGUCAUCAAGGCCCACGGCGUGAUCGGAAAGCUGGAAGUGGUGGCCUCGGAUACCGUGAGUGUCAGCAUGAACACGGAGAGACUGAUGCACGUGUCCAAAUCCCCCAAGCAGCGCCUGCCAUCGGGGCCACAGGCCUUGAUCAAGUGGGCAGGGGACCACGGCUACGGUCCAGUCACGUCUUACACCAGCACUCCCGUGGCUAACCACUUCAACAUCCGCCUCAGAGAGCCAGAUGUGGUGGAUCCUAUGAGGGGCAUCCUGCCUCCAGAGCUCUUCAUCCUGCGCGACCCCGGUCCCCACGCGAGAGCCGGGGCCGCGGCCCGCCGCUCCGCUCUGCCCUUUCCCUUCCCCCCGCCCGCCGGCCUGCCCUUCCUCUCCCUGCCCUUCUCCCCCCUCGACGACCGGCCCUGGGAGCACGGGGAGCCCGAGGAGCACCAGGGCGCUCUGAGCGUGGGCCUCAGCGUGCAGUGCGAGGACACGAGGAUGGUGGUCAGCAUCGAUAAAGAAACCCUGCAAGCGAACGGCUUCGCUCAUGCCAACCUCACUCUUCAAGACCCGGCUUGCAAAGCAAAAGUGAAUGCCACCCACUACACGCUGGAGACUCCUCUGACCGGCUGUCUGACCACCGUGUUUCCCAUGCAGGGGAGCCCGAUGGCCCUCCACAUCAACUCUGUCCUGAUCAGUCACACGGAGAAUAAGGACGGGAGUGGCAGGCCGCUGGAUUACGAGGAUCUGGAACCCGGAGACGUGCUGUUCCAGAGAGACCCGCCGGAGUUAGAGAGGACGUUCACGGAGCCGGCGGAGCGCCACUCCGUCAUAGUGUUCAACUGCACGUACCGAAAGAACCAGAAAACCUCGGCGACGCUUCCCAGGAUCGUACCGGGACCCGGCAGGCCGCCGGCGAGCAACGCGACGUUCACCAUGGAGAUGUACGACACGCUGCCGUUCAGAAACCCCUCGCGCCAGGCCUUCUACACCGUCUCGCAAAAGCAGCAGGUCUUCGUGGAGGUCACAUCUGCUGCCUCCGACCCGGAGCUGGGCUUCACCCUCAUAUCGUGCUUCAUUUCCCCCAACUCCAACCCCAGCGUGGCCUCGGGCUACACUCUCAUCGAGACCGUGUGCCCCACGGACUACUCCGUCCAGUACUACCCUCAGAGGGACUUCCCGGUGCCUCACGCACCGUCGGAGAAGAAGAUCUUCAGCUUCAUCUUCGACUCAAAGUUCAACAUGUCGCUGCUUUUCCUGCACUGCGAGAUGUCUCUGUGCUCCAGGAGACCUCGGAACAACCAGAGACUACCCACGUGCCUGCAACCCAGUGAGACGUGCGAUUCUCUUUCUGUGGACAACAUCCUGGCGAUGAUGAUGAACUCCAAGACGACGACCAAGCCGCUGGUCGUGGUGGAUGGACCUGAUCAGGAAACAGUAACUCCUUCUCAGAGAGCGACCCAAAGCCCAGAAGGUCCUUACGGUGACGACGCGCUGUACGUGCUGGACACGCCGACGGUGGUGGGGAUCGCCUUCGCCGCCUUCGUGAUCGGCGCCCUGUUGACCGGAGCCCUGUGGUUCAUCUACUCACACACAAGUGAGGCAGCCGGCACACAGCAGGUCAAAAAGCCCCAGAAGCCCCAGAAGCCCCAGAAGCCCCAGAAGCCCCAGCCGGCCUCGGAGAACAGCAGCGCGGCCCACAGUAUCGGCAGCACACAGAGCACGCCGUGCUCCAGCAGCAGCACCGCGUAGCCCCGGACGCUACCUGGGGGGUGGGGGGGGUUAUUGAUCUCCUCCCAUGGGGAUGGGUUAUGAUAGAAAGAGAAAAAAAAGUAUCGUUUAAAAAAAGGAAAAAAGCACGCACUAUACCACUGGUGUCCUGGUGUUACUGGUGUGUAAGAGUAGCAUCCCAGCCUGGCAGCCGACAGAAACUACAAGAAAGAAAUGUGAGUUCAUUUUCUCUUCCAACCGAAGUGCUUUUUUGUUUUUUGUUGCUUGCUUGCUUUUUUUCCUUUCUGACCACAACAUAGCCUUUUUUGUUUUGACCCUAAAUGGUGAGAUUCACGGUGUUCCUAGCGGGAAGGUUCACUCCCAAUAGCGAGGCUUGUCUGCAGUGAUGUCAGUAUUAGGAAGUGGGAUGUUUGAGGGCUGGACUGGAACACUUCACAACGCGCAACCCUGAAAGGUGGCGAGGGAGCGAAGCAACCACUAUUAUUAACAUGCGGACAAAAGUGCAGUAUGAACGGGAGUCGUCAUCUCGACGCACACACACACACACACACACACAGAGAGAGAGAGAGAGAGAGCGACUGGCUUUUGAAAGAUUGCAACACAGUGUAGGUAUUGAAUGUAUACAGAAGAAUAGAUGCCAAAAAAUGUGAAUGGAAAAUGUGAAAGACAUGCUGAUAAAAUGCCACAUUCUGUAAAGUAUGCAUACUUCCCUUCUAAUGGACUUAUACACACAGACUGGUAAGGCGUAUUUUUUUUUUUACCAGCGCUCUCUGUACGGCAGUUGUAGUUGAUGUGACACAACUUCACCGGGGCAUUGUGGGUUCCUUUUCCCCAGUCGCUGUUGAGGGAAUAAUAGUGCAACAUUUUGUGGGAAUACGUUUGUUUUGCUUGACGUCCAAAAGAUCCGACACACCCCUCUCACGUCUGUGCUUCACGUGCCGAGCUCCACACAGGAGGUGAUGAGCUUAGCUCGGCAUUAAGAAGGGGAAAAAAAAGUUGAGGGGAACGGUUUGCUCAGAGAAAUAGUUCAAACCUAAUAGAAACUAUUCCUCUGGGCUUGCUAUCCCCCCCAACCCACACACACACACACACACACACACUUCCAGUUGUUAUGCUAAUCACAAUCGACGUACAGACAUUAGAGUGUUUUCCCUCUUUGUGUCUCACUUCAAAUUUGUCGAAUAAGAAUAUAUUUCUAAAAUUUGCUAAACUGUUCCUUCAACGCCUGUAUAUUCCUGUUAAUAUUGUAAAUACUAAAAUGUCCUUUUGAGGCAGAGCGCGUGCAAAUGCUGGUCUUGUAUACUUGGUUUAAUCGGUGUGAGAUGCAAAUUAACCCCGUCCCUCAUUUAAAAAAAUGAUCAAAUAUGAAUCAGGAUGCUGAACACACUUUAACGAUAGAGUACAAUCUACAAACAUCAAUUUAAAAUCAUGGCUUCGUAGAGCUGAUUUGGGUCCGACUGUCACCAGGGCCGCUCAUUAAUAGCGUCUUUAUUCAUGGGAUGAAGAAAAACAUCCAAUGUUUACAUUUGAGAACAUGUAAUGAGAAAUUAAAGAUGACCAAUAACUUCACAGCUCGGGUUGGUAAUGUUCUUCCGUUGGAUCUUUAAAAUAAAAUCUUGCACACUCUUGCUAGUUUCUCUGCAUUACCAACCCUUUGCUUAAAAUGAUGAUUAUUGUUCUGUACACACUCAGCUGAUUGUGCAUUAGACAGAGUAGAUUUGUUUUUACAUUAUAAAGCCAGACAGUGUACAGAUUAUGUUUUUUAUUUUUUAUUUCUUGUUUAAAUCUUGGCACUGACGGUGCGUUGAAUAAGCUGUCGACGAAGCUCAUUGUUACGGAUAUAUACGGAUAUAUAUUUUCAUGUUUUUUUUUUUUUCAAACUGCAAUUCCACGACUAACCCCACCGUCUCCGAAUGAUAUGAAUGUUUACUGCCGUGCCUUCCUAUAACCGGUAUGCGUAUUGUUUUUACAGACCUUUGCAUUUGAGAAGGGAACUUUCCAUUUAAGGAUUUAACCAGAACCAGAAAAACAGAAUGUAUAUUAUCUCCAAGCUUUUUAGCUUUUCAUUUUCUUUCUUAUGUAAACAUGUGUAAAGCUUUCUACAGAGGGAACAGAGUCUAAAUAUAUAUAAAUAUAUAUAUUUGUGUAUAAAAUUAUAUUUUGGAAUAUAUUUACCAAGAGAAGUUUAUCGUCUUCUAUGUGGGUAUGUACUGUGAAGUGUGAUUGGCUCACACGUGUUUAUGGGGGAUUUAUUCUGAUUAUUCAUUUAAGCCUCGUGGCAUGUUUUGUGGCACUUUAACUGUUGAAAAUGACAUAACAAAUCUAUAAUAAUAAUUAUUGUUAUUAUUAUUUUGAUAUAUUCACCUACAUUUGAAAUAUUCCAGUCAUCAAUAUUGACAAACGUUGACACUGCGCUGACCUGUUUAUAUGCUUUUGAAACUAUAUAUUUCAAUUGUUGCUGAAAGAUUUGUCACAAAACGUGUUAUGAGUUUGUAAUAACUGUUUUAUAUACAAUGCAGGUCAUUUCUUCUGUCCGUGGAAUAUAGCUCCUCGUGUUUUCAUUAUAGUUUGUCAUUAUCGUUUUAUCUCAUGUUUUGUUUGGCCAAGCUUUUCCUAAAAUAUUUUCAUAUGAAGUAAAGAAAACCUGUCAUAGCAAACGAAUAUAUCAUAAACAAAAAUGUCCCAUUCUUGAAGAUAAGUUGAUGUCAUAAAUAUUUGAACAUAGCAUCAGUUAAAUAAUGGAGUAAAGCGCCACACAAACAUUUUAUGAUGAAUUUUACAGCUUCAAAAUAUGAUGGACUUGCUACGAUCCAAGAGUUGGAAGUAAUGGUUGCAAUGCAUCCUGGUACAUGUAGGCAGAACUCAGCUUUCUGGGUCAACAUGUCACGCACUGAGGAUCUCAUUGUUUUAACAACAACACUGACUGGACAUCCACACACAAAAAUGUCCCUCCUGAGUUACCGUAGUUACCAUAAUAAACGCCCACAUCAUAAUUACAUGAACCACCCCCUUCAAACUACUAAGGGGAAGAGGGCAGCAUCAGCUUAUGUAAUAAGCGUGUAAUAAGCAUCUGUUAGAAUGACGGGUUGGAGAACAACAUCUCGAGUGUCACUUUGUUUCUGGAAAGAAACCGUUAUCGAUAACAUAAGGACCACUUUGGUUCUGUUUUGUUUUCUUGGGUCCACGCCGCAGCCCUCGGCUCGAGGACAGUAAACACGCAGCAGUGAAACGUUGCUGUUGUCAAGCGGGAGCGAAACCUGCGCCGCGGCCUAUAAUCAGCGGUCAUUGUGGGAUGACGGCUCUCUGACAUUCCUCGAGCUUUGGGGGUUUCACGCAACCCCCUUCUCCCUCGUGUAAUUAUCCCCCCCGACCCCACUUGUGGCACGCUGUUCAGUGGCCGAGCCUCCGCUCAUGUUCUGGAUCUCACUGGAGAUCAUUCGAGGAUGUUCUUCUCGAGUUGCCGCUCGUAUGGCCACAUUCCUCCAUGCCUUCUGCCCCCAGGACGACCGUGAAUAUGUCGAAAGUAUACGCAAUAAGGAAUAAUGAUGCUGAACCAGACACAAGGAGCAGUGUUAUAGAGUAGUACGUCACGAUAAUGACCUGAAAACGUUCGGCUGUAAUCGGAGCACAAACCCAUAGUGUAGUUAUCGAUUGUAUUUUUUUAUUUCAUUUUUAACCAUUUGACUACCUCAUGUUUCUCUAUGAAUGUGCAUUAUGCGUGCUACGUUGUGUGUCUGUGUGUGUGUGUUUGUGUGUGUGGGUGUGUGUGCGUGUGUGUGUUUGAGCUCGAGAAACGCUGAUUAAGGGGCCCUGCAUGGUUUUAUUGCAGUUUCACAUUUAUUUUUCAAAGUCAAAGAAAAAACGAUGAAGAAUUUGAACUUUCCCUUGUUGCCAAGAUUUCCUUUUUGUUUUUUCGUUUGUUUUUUUCGGGGAGGGGAGUGUUGUAAAAUGUGUAAAACUUUGAUACGGCGUUAUUGAUUUUUUUAAUGACAUUUUUCCCAUUUGUUUUAUAUAUAUAUGCUGUAUAUAGACACGAUAGCUGUAUACCCAUUAUGUCCAAUAAAAUCUCUAAUAAUGUACACAA